AUGUCUUCUGCUACCGUCUUCUGCUGCGUCAACCAGUCGACUUCACUUUCACCGCCAAUUGCUUCUGUCGCCCCGUCCAUCUCUUCUUCUCCAUCCUCCGUUUGGCCCACUUCAACUCGACUCAUGAAGACAUUCCACACGCCUCAAAGGCCUCCUUCUGCGAGACGGUCAUCUGGACCCUUCCAGACUUCGCUCCACACGACCUCCUCUUUCAAGCCCGACAUUGGCGCUGUUGAAGGCCAAGUUCGUGAUGCAUGUGUUGGCGAAUUGAAUGUCAACAGUUUGUGUCAGGUUUGCGGCGACCGAGCCAGUGGACGUCAUUACGGCGUCGUGUCGUGUGAUGGUUGUCGCGGCUUCUUCAAACGGUCCGUUCGCAGAGACACCGUCUACGCCUGCAAAGAGAUCGGAUCGUGUCCAGUCGAUCUGAUCCGACGAAACCAAUGCCAGGCGUGUCGUUUCGCAAAAUGUCUGGCCGUCAAUAUGCGGAGAGAAGGUGAGUGA